AUGCAGUGUGACAUGCAAGUGGACCCUCGGACCGUCACCUGUGACUUUGAACUGGGCUUGAUCAACGCUGAGCGUGAGCAGUUCCCCGGGGUGCCUCUUGUGGGAUGCCUAUUCCACUGGAAGCAAGCCUUGCGUCGCAAGAUGCUUGACUUGCGCAUCCCGGUUGACACGGUUGCUAACGUCAUGUCAAGUGGCGUGAUCGACGUGUUAACCAUCAUCACAGUGGACGAAAUUAUUUCGAAGGGCAUCCCGUACGUUCGCAGUCGCAUCGAUGAGUCUGGCCAUCGAGUCAAGUGGUCCACCUUUUGGCGCUACUUUGCCAAGACCUGGAUGCGGACGUAUGGUCCUUCAACGUGGAACGUCAAUACUAUUGCUGAGGCAGUGGACAUUGUCAACCGCACCAAUAACGCUCUGGAGCGUUUCAACCGGACGUUGAACGAGUCGUUUACGACUUCUUACCCAAGCUUGUUGACAUUUGUUGACGUGAUCAAGACCAAGUCUCAAAACUAUGUCGACCUCAUCGAAGACAUUCGCCAUCAGCGCCAGCAGCCACCUGACCAUGCCAACUUGGCACGCGUCGAAGUGCCUGACGACUACUUGCGCUUCGAACCGGAACCCACGCAGGAGUAG